AACGGUAAUAAAAAUUUUUGUUUUUGAUCUAGAAAUAAAUAUUUUUUAUUUUAGAUGUUCUUUUACUUUCACUUGGUGUAUCACAUCGACGUCGAUUAAUAAAUCAAUGUCGUGCUCAAGCAGAUUCAAAUGAACAAAUACUUAUUAAUGAAUUUGCUAAAGGAUUUUGUUCAAAAUCAUUUGAUGAACAUAUAUCAAAAGAAAUGGAUAUUAAUUAUAAAAUAUCUAUUGAUCAAUAUCAAAAUCAAAUUGUUAAACAAUGUAUGUCAAAUUUAUUUAAACAAUUUCCAGAAAAUAAUUUACAAUUUUUAAUUCAAUCCGGUGCUAAAGGUUAA